AUGACACUAAUAUAUGGCUUUGGUUAUAACUUGCAUGGACAAGUGGACAAUGUCUUGGAUACCUGUAAUACACAUAUGAGUUAUAAUCAACCGCUUUUAAUGGCAAAGAUAGACAAGGAUCAUCGCAUCGUAUCCAUGACAGCAGGCUGGUCUGAAAGCGUAAUCAUCACUCGAGAUACAAAAACAGAUAGAACUUCUACUCAUGCUUGGGGUAAAUCUUGUCAUGAUCAAAUACCAAGGAACGAUAUAUUAGCUGCUUCAGGUUCUUGGGAUAAACUAAUGUUAUUAUCAACCAAGAAACAAUUAUUGCUAUGUAGUAACUUGGAAGACAUAGCGAAUACUUUGAAAGCGAUUGAAAAUCCUUCAGAACAAACUUAUAGGGGUAUAUCAUGCGGAGAUUUACAUCAGCUAGCAAUUACAACAGAUGAACAAGUUGGCCAAGUCGAUAAGAGUAAUUCUUCAUGGUGUUUCAGUUUAUUGCCUACAUUACAAACAACGCGUGUAAAUCUAGUAUCAUGCGGUAAAGAACAUGCAUUGAUUCUAUCUAUUACUGGUGAAGUCUUUAGCUUUGGACGUGGCAGCCGUGGGCAGCUAGGACAUGAUACUCUAGAUAAUGAAGGUAAUCCUCGAGUUAUUGAAGCUUUGCAGGGCCUUCAGUUCAAAUUAGUUACUUGUGGAGGAUGGCAUUCAUUUGCAAUUAGCUCUUCUGGAGAUGCUUAUUCAUGGGGCUGGAAUCAAUCCUAUCAACUUGGUAUUGACAGUAAUUUAGAAGCCAACGAAGUUGGCAGUUGUAUUGCAACCCCUACAUUAAUUGAAAUUGAAAAUGAAAACGUACAAGCAAUUAGUGGUGGUAGCAAGCAUUCGGCAUGUAUUACAGAGAGUGGUAAAGUAUACACCUGGGGAUGGGGAAAAUAUGGUCAGCUAGGGCAUAAUUGUUAUGACAGUGUUAAGGUACCUCAGCUGGUAACAGCGCUAUCUGAGAAGCUAGCAUCGACAGUUACCUGUGGUUUCUGGCAUACAAUUGUAUCAGUUUCUGAAUGA